CCUUCGGGCUUUGCCGGCAUUGCAAAUCCUUAGCGCCACGGGCAAGGCUGGAAAAAGACCAUGCUGCCCAGUCGUUGCCGCGCACCCGUGGCGGUGUACUUGGUCCGUGCGUUAGCGGGACCAGGGGCCGGCAAGAAUCGCACCUCAAAAGCUGGGCUCUUCCGAGCCUGUUGCGAAUUUUUUUCCCUCUCCCCCCCCAAACUCGACGGCCGCAGAAUUUAUUUUCGCGCGACAUCUUGCAUCGUCCAUCUUCUUAGACUCUCGCAGCAGAGCUUGGACUCCCCUCUCCACUCCCUUCUUUUCUCUUCAAAGUUGUCUUUGAACAAACCGUCAAGAUGUCUAAAAAGGAGGAUAUCAAGAUCAUGGGCAUGCCGUCCUUCGUGGUCGACUUCCUGAUGGGUGGUGUCUCCGCCGCCGUCUCGAAGACCGCUGCUGCUCCCAUUGAGCGUAUCAAGCUCCUUGUCCAGAACCAGGAUGAGAUGAUCAAGGCUGGCCGCCUCGACCGCCGCUACAAUGGCAUCGUCGACUGCUUCCGCCGCACCACCGCCGACGAGGGCCUCAUGGCCUUGUGGCGUGGUAACACCGCCAACGUCAUCCGUUACUUCCCGACUCAGGCCCUGAACUUCGCUUUCCGUGACAAGUUCAAGGCCAUGUUCGGCUACAAGAAGGAGCGCGAUGGCUAUGCCAAGUGGAUGGCUGGUAACCUGGCCUCCGGUGGUGCUGCCGGUGCCACGUCGCUGCUCUUCGUCUACUCGCUCGACUACGCGCGUACCCGUCUUGCCAACGACGCCAAGUCCGCCAAGGGUGGUGGUGCCCGCCAGUUCAACGGCCUGAUCGACGUCUACCGCAAGACCAUGGCCACCGACGGUAUCGCCGGUCUGUACCGUGGCUUCGGUCCCUCCGUCGCCGGUAUCAUCGUCUACCGUGGUCUCUACUUCGGCAUGUACGACUCCAUCAAGCCCGUCGUCCUUGUCGGCUCGCUCUCCAACAACUUCCUCGCCUCUUUCAUGCUCGGCUGGUGCGUCACCACUGGUGCCGGUAUCGCCUCGUACCCCCUUGACACCGUCCGUCGCCGCAUGAUGAUGACCUCUGGUGAGGCCGUCAAGUACAAGAGCUCGUUCGAUGCCUUCCAGCAGAUCGUUGCCAAGGAGGGUGUUAAGUCGCUCUUCAAGGGCGCUGGUGCCAACAUCCUCCGUGGUGUUGCUGGUGCUGGUGUGCUGUCCAUCUACGACCAGCUCCAGGUCCUGAUGUUCGGCAAGGCUUUCAAGUAAACUGCCUCACCCACUGUACAAAAUCCUCGAUGACGGAGGCCGUCGGGGGGUAAUCACGGCUGCAGCAGCUGGCUAAGCCGAGGGGGCGAGGGGCUGGGGGGGUGGUCGUUUCGCUGGGAGACGGGGAUCCUUCGUGGCAGGCAGCAAAUGCUUCUGGACGUUGGGUAUGCGGGGAACAAAAACUGGGCAUGUCUGGCGUUUACUGGGACGCGGAUGGGCCGGUCACCCGCUGUAAUUUAUACUCUUGAGCCAUUCCCGGUUUAUUCCUUGCUUGCGUGGGGUCGCCGUUGCUUCGCGUGGGUGUUUCCUUCUGUUGCAUGCGCCUCAUAGAUCCCAUAGUUCUGGCCAAUUGAUCGGCGAUUUCCUUGCGGUACGAA